AUGAGGCCUGGGGCAAGUCCUAGCAUUAUUCCCAGGCUAGCCACAGGUGCCGCAGCAUGUGCGGACCAAGUCCGGCACCACUGCAAUAACUGCCCCAAGUGGCAGAAGUCCUCCGUGAUCCUGGCGAGCCCGGCGUCCUCGAGGACGCCGGGCACAAACUGCAUCAUCCAGAGCAUGGGAUCAAGCGUCCAAGUCGAGGAACUCGCUACCGUCGACAGGGGCAGCGAGUUCAGGUAG